UAUCAGAGCAUCUGGUCAAUAUGCAACCUACUGUAUCAUAUGUGAUGAAACGCUGAUGCAUUGAAACACUGAACGAGCCCCCCUCGUAAACCGGAUGGUGUUACACUUUAAAGUUUAGCAUUUCCUGUUGUUACACUUGUUAUUCCCUAAAAUGGCGAAUUUAGCAGCUGCUGUUGUUGCUGCCGCUGGUAGAGAUCCCGCUGUUGACCGUUCAUUGCGCUCUGUCUUUGUGGGAAACAUUCCAUAUGAGGCCACAGAGGAGCAACUGAAAGACAUUUUUUCAGAAGUCGGGCUUGUUGUCAGCUUUAGGUUAGUGUAUGAUAGGGAGACAGGCAAGCCAAAAGGAUAUGGCUUCUGUGAGUAUCAAGACCAGGAGACCGCCCUCAGUGCCAUGCGGAACCUGAACGGAAGAGAGUUCAGUGGCCGAGCUCUCCGUGUCGACAAUGCUGCUAGUGAGAAGAAUAAAGAAGAGCUCAAGAGUUUGGGGACAGGGGCCCCUAUCAUUGAGUCUCCCUACGGGGACAACAUAAUACCAGAUGAGGCUCCAGAGUCUAUAAGCAGAGCUGUGGCCAGUCUGCCCCCAGAGCAGAUGUUUGAACUCAUGAAACAGAUGAAGCUGUGUGUGCAAAACAGUCCCCAGGAGGCCAGGAACAUGCUGUUGCAGAACCCCCAGCUGGCCUUUGCCCUGCUCCAGGCCCAGGUGGUCAUGAGGAUCGUAGACCCUGAGAUCGCCUUGAAAAUGCUUCACCGUCAAACCCCAGUGCAGCCAUUGGUUCCCAACAGUCAAGCUGGACCAGUGCCAGUGGCCAACCAGCCUAUUCCACCGCCCAACGCUCCAGUCUCCCAGUCACAGCCAAUGCCGGGCAUGCACAUGAACGGAGCCCCCCAGAUGAUGCAGCCCCCUCCAAUAGGUGGAGGACCUGGGCCCAUGCCAGGGCAGGGACUAGUGGGACCACCAGGUGGGAUACAGCCACUGAUAGGAAUGCCUCAGGGAGGUCCCGUUCCUAUCGAUAGGGGACAAGGAAACCUCCAGCACUCUCCCGUAGGAUCGUCUGGGCAAGCUGCUAUCGAGCGGCCUCAAGGACCAGGUGGUAUCCCCCCCAGAGGCCUGCUUGGCGACGGCCCCAACGACCCCCGAGGAGGAACCCUGCUCUCAGUCACAGGAGAGGUCAUCGAACCCAGUCGGGGAGGAGCCUUCAUUGGCGCCCCCCCACCACACCAGGGGCCCCCCAUGCACAUGAACCAGAUGGUUGGCGGGCCUCCUUCGGACAUGAGGCCACCUCACGACAUGAGAGGACCCCCCAUGGGUGAACCCAGGGGCAUGAUGGGAGAGCCCCGGGGACCCCCCAUGGGUGAACCCAGGGGCAUGAUGGGAGAGCCCCGGGGACCCUCCAUGGGUGAACCCAGAGGCAUGAUGGGAGAGCCCCGGGGACCCUCCAUGGGUGAACCCAGGGGCAUGAUGGGAGAGCCCCGGGGACCACCCAUGAUGGAGCCCAGGGGACCCCCCAUGGAGACGAGAGGUCGUGACCCCAGAGCGGUGGACACCCGUGGACCAGUGUCAGGCCAGAGGGUUCCCAUGGCCCAAGGAAUGCAGGGUCCCCCCCCUCACACAAUGAAUCCUAAUGCCCCUCCAACUGCCAGACCGGGUCCUGGUGUACCGCAGUCUGGAGGUAGCUUCAGCCCAGGGCAAAGCCAGGUGACCUCACAGGACCAUGAGAAGGCCGCCUUGAUCAUGCAGGUGCUGCAGCUGACCCCAGAACAGAUUGCCAUGCUGCCCCCAGAGCAGAGGCAGAGCAUCCUCAUCCUCAAAGAGCAGAUCCAGAAGACUGCCGGGGCGCCCUAAAGAACAACCAACUCCCUGUCCCCUAUAAUGUCGACGUCACCUCAUCCUAAUUUCAAACAUUUUGUAGAUUGUUUUGUAUUAUAUUGUCUUUUUUUAAUGGAAGAUUGAAGUGAGUGCUUGUGAUUUGAAGAAUGUCAGUUCAUUUUCAAAUGGCAACACUUCAACAGAAGUAUUGCCGGAUGUUAUGGGUUUUUAUAUUGUCUAUCAAUAAGACAAACAAUUUUAGUACUGUAUUUUAUUCAGAAUGGAUGUUGGUAUGUACAGGAGAGGAUUUAAAGUGUCAUUGUAGAUUAAAAUAAAAUAUUUGCUCAUAAGAAAAAGGACAUACAAAUGAAGUGAAACAAUUGUGUAGGUUGAGGGGGUACACGGAGUGGAAGAGUCCUUGGAAUUAUUUUGUAAAUGUGAGGAAAGUACAUGUGUAUACAUGCUUCAUAGGAUUGUGACUCAUUUGUUCUAGAACAGAUUAUGUAGCUUUGACUGGCAAUGCCUCGCUCUCAUUUAACACUUAAGUGCACCUGUAUCGUUUACAAGGGAAUGGAUAUACAAUAGGGCUUUUGUAAAAACAUUGCUAUAAUUUCCUUCUCUAGCUACACCUUGAAAGCGUGACACUCAAAAGCCUCAGUGUCAUGUUCAGAUUGAAGAGCCAUUGUUGAUUAUUAUACACUGAAUAAAACAUUUAAAGUUUUGGUUGCA